AUGACCAUUAGUCAGUCAUCUCACACUUCACCUGUAUCAAAGACGAUUAAAUAUAAUCCCACUACGAACAAGUUACUGACAAUAGCAGCGGGCUGUUUUUGGGGCACAGAACACAUCUAUAGGAAGGUAUUUGGCAAUAGACUAGAAGAUACUAAAGUUGGAUACGCUAAUGGUCAUGAAGCUUAUAAAGAUUUUGAGCAUUCCAUAUCCUAUGAGCGGGUAUGUGGAGGUGACACGAAUUUUGCAGAGGUAGUGCAACUUUCUUACAAUCCCGAUGUCAUAACGUUACGAGAAAUUGUUGACAUAUUCUUCCGUAUGCAUGAUCCUACGACACUAAAUGCACAAGGCUAUGACGUUGGUACGCAGUAUCGUAGUGCGUUGUUCUCGCAUUCGGAGGAAGACAAAGAUGAAUUAAUAAAAUUAAAAAAACUGUGGCAACCCAAAUGGGGACACAAAAUCAUCACUGAAGUUGUUGAGCUUAAAAGCUUCUAUGACGCUGAGGAAUAUCACCAACUCUAUGCUGAUAAGAAUCCGUCCAGCUACGUUUGCCCCACACACUACCUAAGGAAUAUAUAG